UGCGAGAGUGCUGUGACUGUGACUGUGACAGCAACAAGAAACAGUUGAAAGUGCCGCGUGUCCUGUUCUGUCCUGGCCUGUCCAGCGUCAUCCUCAUUGGGGCAGACGACACACAUAUCCGUGGUGGGACACGGGCACACAUCCAUUGACACUUAUCGCGUGGGUGGCGCGUUUAAUUCACAUUUUAUUUCAGUGCCUGCCCGUUGGCUGCGCGCGUAAUUGUUGCUUCCACGACGAGCUGUACAGGCGGCCGGGAGGCCAUGCCAGGAUAUAGUCUGUUCGCGUUGGCGCUGCACGGCGGUUGUGUGCGCGGUGAAUCGCGCAUUCUGUGGGUACAGUACACUCGCCGCCAUCCUGUUGUUUAGUAGUUGGUCAUGCAUAACGAGGCCAACGAGAAUGUGGAGCCGCAGCCAUCCAAAGCCGCAGCAGGAGCAGCAGCAGGAGCAGCAGCAGGAGCACCAGCAACAGUGGCAACGACCGACUCCAUGCAGAGCCCACCGGCUGCAGCCCCACGGCGACCCAAGCCCGGAAUCCUUCGACUGGACAUUGGCAAGCCGCGACGCUCAUCAGGUGGUUCUGUCGAUUUCCGCUGCGUGGGCAGCAGCGGCAGCGGCAGUGGCAGCAACAUCGCCACUGGCGCCAACAGUGAGAACAACUCGGGUGUCACCUCGCCACAUCAAUUAUCUGUGACCUGGGCACCGCCAUGCGACUUGAAUAAGGUUGGCUGGCAAAUGCAGAGCAGCGCCGAUGAGAAGCGCGAAUUCUACCGAGGACAGCGGGGAAAGAGAGCCGCAUCGCAGGAGGAGAAUAGAUCGUAUGAGCUGAACAACGAUUUCCAAUCACAGAACCAAAGCAGCGACGCCGAGAGCAGCCACCACGAGCCCCCACACUUUGUCGUCCACAGUCCGCCGGCACAACUGUACGAAGAUGGCGGCACUGGCGACGUUGACGACGAGGAGGACUACUCAAUAUCCGUAUCGGCAAUAAUGCAGAGACGUGCCAGUGUGCGCGGCUAUCGGGGUAAACGUGGCAGCCGCAAUUCGCGACGAGCAUCUAGUCCCAUGGAUCACGUGCUGGAUAGUGUGGAGCGGCGGCGCUCCAGUGUCUAUACGACAAGUUCAGAGGAGGGCACCAAUCAGGAGUCCACGCAGGAGCAAAUCUUUGAGAAUAUACGCCUACACAAGGAGGUUAUACAGUCGGUGAAGUUACAGCCAUGGCCCAUACGCAAGAAGCUCAAGCUGGUGCGGCAGGCCAAAACAUAUGUGGCACGCCACGAGGGCGCGCUUCAGGAGCGAUUCGCCAUGUCACGCAGCACCCGAGACUUGUGGGCGAGGUUUAAAAUUUUAAUGGCAGCACGCUGGCGACACUGGAAACGUGAGACGACCAGCUUCCUGACCGUUCUCAUACCCUGGGAGCUGCGCAUCAAGGAAAUCGAAUCGCACUUUGGCUCCGGCGUGGCCUCCUACUUUACGUUCCUGCGCUGGCUUAUGUGGGUCAACAUUAUGAUAGCCAUUCCGCUGGUGGCCUUUGUCAUUGGACCGGAGUACUUUGCCACGAAACACGGCGAAACGGAUCCAAGGAAACGCAUGACCGACGCGGAAGCCAAUGUGGCUGGCAAUCUCUUUACAUUCUGGGAAUUUGAGGGAUUCCUCAAGUAUUCACCUAUGUUUUAUGGCUACUAUUCGAGCACUUCCGGCAUUAGCGUUUCCGGCUAUAAGCUGCCCUUAGCCUAUUUCCUCACCGCCGUCUUGGUGUACAUCUACAGCUUUGUGGCCACGCUAAGAAAAAUGGCAGAGAACUCUCGCAACUCGAAACUUUCCUCGAAGGAUGAUGAGUGCAUCUUCUCGUGGAAGCUCUUCACCGGCUGGGACUUUAUGAUUGGACACGCGGAGACGGCGCAUAAUCGCAUUGCAUCCGUGGUGGUUGGCUUCAAGGAGGCCCUGCUGGAGGAGGCCGAAAAGAAAAAGGAUAAUCGCAACUGGCGGGUAAUCCUGCAAAGAAUACUCGUCAAUAUACUGGUCAUGGGACUGCUGGGUCUGUCGGGCGCCACGGUGGUGCUGCUUGUUAAUCACUCGGAGGAUUUGGCCAAGCACGACAACUGGCUGAGCAGGAAUGCUGUGAAUGUGACCAUGACGCUGCUCUCCUUCUUUCUGCCGAUGAUAUUCGAGGCUUUGGGUCUGUUCGAGAACUGGCAUCCCAGGCAGCAGCUCAGACUGCAGCUGGCUAGAAUUAUGAUACUGAACAUGCUGAAUCUGUACUCGCUGAUGUUCUCCUUCAUCUACAAGAUCAACAGCAAGGAGAAGCCGCUGCAACGGCUGAAGCUGGAGAACGAGACGAACACAAUGGAGCUGCAGCAUCUGCUGAGCUCCAUCGAGGCGCUGCGUGCCACGUCGCUCUACAGCGACAGCACUUCGGAGGGCGGACUGCUGUUCGAUGAAUCCACGUCGACAGCUGCCUGGGGCGAGGAUGGGGCCAGCACCACCGAUGGACUGUUCUCCAGCACAGCUGCCACCGCUGCCACAGCGGCCGCUGCGCUGCUCUCCAGCGGUGUGCAGCGCAUCAAGUGCUAUAACAUGACCUUCAAAUGCUCAAAACCCAUGCGCACCAUCAUCAGUGCAAAGAACUUGGCCACCACACUGAUGCUCCUGAAUCUGACCACAGUGCCCACAGUGCUGCCACCCACGACUUUGCCUACUACUUUGCCCCCGACUUUGCCUACUACUUUGCCCACCACAGAGCCGCCUGCAACCACUACGUCGUCACCCUGGACAACGGUGACCACGGAAGCUCCCACCACACUGAGCACAGAGCCGAGUACAACGACAACUUGGAGCACCACCACAAGCACCACUGAAGCACCUACAACAACGAAAGCGCCCACGACUGUCAGCACAAGGGCAACGACCACGACAACCACAGCGCCGCCAACAACCACUUCGACAACUACAACGACCACCGAGGCGCCCAAGAAAGCAGCUGAAGAGGAAGGCUACUACACCACCGACAGCGACGACGAAGAUGUCUACGAUUAUGGCAGCGAUGAGCCGCUGGCUUCGGCCUCCACUGUGCCGCCGGACAGCGACUCCAGCUACUCCAGCAGCUACACAGACUACUCGGAGGAGCCGCCUGUGUCGGCGGAUGACUACGAGGACACGGAGGACGGCGACACCACACAACAGGCCGAUGAUCCGCUGGCUCAGGUCCUGGCCCAGUUCGAUGAUGCAGCGGAAAAGUCUGAGACACGAACGAAAAGGGCUGUGGGCGAUCCUCCGCCUGUGUGGCGUACCAGCAAGUACAGUCGACGGCAUCGAAAUGAAACCAGUGCAGGAUCCACCACAGAGUCUGGGGGCAAUACGCCGCCGGCGAAUGCGCGUAGGCCCGCGGUCUAUAGACCGGCGCCCACGAUAAGCCCAAAGGCCAGCAGCAGCAGCAGCAGCAGACCCACCAAGCGGAUACUCACCGAAGCGGAGUGGAAUGAUCUCAUAAAUAAGCUGAGACAGGGGCGCAGAAAAAACACCACAACAACAACGACAACAACGACAACCAAUCCCACGACUAGAAGAACACGAGGAUGGUUCAGGUCAACAAGAACAACCGUGGAGAGUAGCUCAACCAGCGAGGAUUACACCACAGCAUCAACGGCAGCCAGCACCGCAGAGUUUGGCACUGACUCGACCAGCCCAGAGAGCAGCACCAGCAGCAGCAGCGGCACCACAGAGGAUGAAUAUUCCUACACAGAUCGAUAUGGCAGGACGCCGUACUAUAUCGGCUAUGGGAGUGUGGCGGAGAUCGGCAGCACCGUCUACUACGACGAGGACAGCGAGUACCUGGAGCUCUGUGUGAUUACCGUGUGCCCCAGGGGGCCAGAGGACGACAUAUUCGGCGUUGGCAGCACCGCCGAUGGCCUGGACAGCACCACCCAGAGCAGCGACAGCAAGCAGCUGUCCACCGUGAAGCUGACGCCGCUGGAGCGAAAGAUGAAGCGCCUGCGGGAGGUGAAGCUGGCGAUUAAGCAAAUCCAAACCAAUUUGACAACCAUGUGCUGGGAGACGUCCCUCGGCCAGGAGCUGUCAAAGGUCAUUGUGUUCGAUGGGCUCAUGUCCAUUGUGGCGCCGCUCUGCAUAGACUUUCUGCGUGCCUUGUUUGUGCGCUACGUCAAUCAAAACUGGUGCUGGGACAUGGAGAAGACCUUUCCACAGUAUGGCGACUUCAAGAUAGCCGAGAACAUCCUGACGUUGAUUAAUAACCAGGGCCAAGUGUGGAUGGGCAUAUUCUUCUCGCCGGGCCUGGUGCUCAUCAACCUGGUCAAGCUGAUGAUUAUGAUGUACUUCCGGUCCUGGAUAGUCCUCACCUGCAAUGUGCCCCACGAGGUCGUUUUCAAGGCCUCCAAGUCCAACAACUUUUACCUGUCGCUGCUGCUGACGAUGCUGUUCCUCUGUGUGCUGCCCGUGGGCUAUGCCAUCGUCUGGCUGCGCCCCUCCUGGCACUGUGGACCCUUCUCGGAGUACAAUCGCAUUGCCGAGUUCAUCACCAACACCACACGCAAUGCCCUGCCCAAACAACUGCACGAGCCGCUGGACUAUCUGACCUCGUCGAGCACUGUGAUUCCGCUGCUGCUGCUGCUCAUCCUGAUCAUCUACUAUCUGGUGUCGCUGACGGGGGCGCUGCGCGAGGCCAAUCAGGACCUGCGGACGCAGCUGCAGAAGGAGCGCGAGGAGGAGCGCAAGAAGAUCUUCAAGGUGCCGGAGGUGAAGCAGGCGGAACCGACGGCCACAACGUUGACAAAUCGCUGGCGCAAGGUGCUCGAGGCAUCCUCGCCCGUCACGCCCACCCAGCAGCCCGACUUUGACACGGAGGAGUACAAGAAUCAGGCGAGGAAAGAGCUCAUCUCACGCAUCAUGAAGAAGGCGCUGCGCAAGGGUUCGGCCACCUCGGACGACGACUCCUUUGUGCGACGCGACGACGACGAUACGGACACUGAGCACCAGGACUCGCUGCCCCACGAUGAGGAGGCCAAGGACAAGCGGUUCGGCCUGUCGCGACUGCAGCAGAUUCGUCGCACUCGGAAGCCCUCGCUGGUGGACAUUGUGCAGAUUGCCAAGCAGGAGCGGGCCCGUGCCAGCUCCAUUGUGGCUGCCAAUGGAGGGGGAGCAGCAGGGGGAGGAGUGGCCAGCAGUUCGGCUGCGGCUGGUGGCAACUUUCCCGUAAAGGAGCAGCAUCCCAAAAGCCGUUUCAAAGUCGAGAAACACGAGCGCAGGGACAGGGACAGAGACAGGGGCAGCAUGAAGGAGAAAAAGGAGCCCAGGCACAAGCAGCAGCAGCAGCAGCAGCAGCCGCAGCCGCAGCCGCCGCCCUACGAGUCGCCCAAGGACAAUGAACAUGAUCCGGAUACAAAUUCAAGGAUUGUGAGCGAACGUCGCGCCAGUUUGCUGCGUCGCCACAAGGCGCAGGGGGGCAACGGAGACGAGUCAAAGCCGAGCACACCAGAGCCGCAGACACCCAGAACAGAGCCAGAGCCAGAGCAGACGGAGUCCACGCCCGAAACGCCUCCGCUGGCCAAGAGCAAAUUUCACAUAAUUGACGAAAAGAAGCCGCCGCAGGAGGUCGAAGCUAAACCCUUGCCAUUGCCCAAGGAAAGCGGUGGGGGAGGCGGAGGCGGUGGCGGACUCGAGGCUAUUGGCCUGGGAAAGUUCAAGUUUCGCAAGCACAAAAUCAAGUCAAAUAAUGCGGUGCUGGCUAAGCCCGAGCCUGAAGUGUUCAAGUUCGAUGAGAGGAGCGUGGAGCGGAGCAAGGGGGGAGCGGGUGUGGGGGCCGAUGUGUCCGCCUCGGAUCACCUAAGCGGCGAGGUGGCAGCCGGCGGUGAGGAGCAGUCGAAGGAGCUACCCUCACCCACGCCCAGCCAGGGCCAUCAUCAGCGGCAGCUGUCGGUGCUCUCGCGACAGGGACGCAAGAAGAUUGGCUCCCUGCUCGCGCUGGUACGCGAGGCAGUCAACAUCAAGAAGGACGAUGUGGAGCAGGGCUCCGAUGAGUCUCCCGGCCCCACCACGCCCACAUAUUUGGCCUACACACCGCCCCCACCGCCAUCAGUAUUGUCGAGCAACUCCAGCGCCACGGCCCUCGAGAUGCCACCCACACCGGAACCGGAAUCGCCAACGCCCAGUGCACCGCUGCAUUUUGGCAGCAGCAGCAGCAGCACCAAGCCGCCAGCGGUUAGAUCCGCCCCCACGGCCACAAUGGAUGACUUGGAGGAGCUGGAUAUGCCCGGCCCCAUCACAUUUCCCAACCGAAGCGCCUCCCAGCGACGGCGCACCAUGCGGCAGGACUCGCAGAGCUCCGUUUGGUCGGACAACAUACCCACAAUCACCAUCAGCACCACCGGCAGCGAUGAGUGCAUUGUGGAGGCAGCGGCGGUGCCGCCGCAGAAUGGGCUGCCGGAGCCGCGCAGCAGUGGGCCGCCGGGGCCCACGGUUAACAUUAUCAAAAUCAACAUUGAGGACGACGAAGAGCAGAAAUAACAAAAUUGAUUAGCUCUUCCCGCCAAGUGCCUUAAACGCCAGAUUGUCUUCUAAACCAAAGGAAUUUGCAUUCUUCCUCCCACUCUCGCUCUCCCCCUCUCUCCCUCACUACUUCUACUCACGAUUUAGCUUGAAUCUUGUUCCUCUUAACUGCUGACUACCAAAACAAUGCAAAACAAUUAAAUUACAUUCAUUAACUCAUUAACUAGUUUAAUUCCCUAUUAAAAUUGAAAUAAAAACUAAAU